AUGGCAAGUCAAAUCGGAUCUCGUACCUCUGAUUUCGACCGGAAAGCCGCACUGAAGGCCUUCGACGAGACAAAAACCGGCGUAAAGAGCCUCGUAGAUGCUGGAAUCACGACAAUCCCACCGAUAUUCCUCUACCCACAGCACAUCACAGCUCCCAUCAAAUCAACUUCCGGACGACCCUGUGUUGGAGCUGUCGGUCAUCUGCACCGUUGA